CCUGUAUUGACAAGUUAAUGGUGCAGAUUUGUAUCUGGUGAUGCAACUGGUGGUGUUGAUAUAAUAGGGUUAACAUUGUUGCAUAUUUGAGCAUGGGUGCUGUUUGUUGUGUUGCUUCCAAAGAUACAGAUAAAACCAGACAAAGUGGAUCAGCUAAUGAAAUUUUACAUCGAAACAAUCGCUACUCUCCAACAUGGAGUUUUCGUUGGGACCAUCGAAGACGUGUGGCUGGUGAAGAUGCCUCUAUAAAUUGGCUUUCUGAUGGUGUUAGCCAGAAUGAUGGAUCAGAAGACAAAAAUGACUCAGCAUAUAAGUCAGAUGAUGGAUUGUCAUUGCAGACUUGUGAAGGUCAUAGAGGGCAAAAAUCACCAAUUUCAGAAGGAACUGCUGAACAUGCAAGGACUUUCACUUCGGGUAACUUUUAUCAACCUAAUUCAAGGAGUGUCUCCAUGGAUGGGAGUAUGGAGCAGGUGAAAGGGUCAGUAGAAUCACCUAUGGGAUCGAGCACAUCCCCCUCUAAACCACAAUUUUCAAUGCCUUCAACCUCCUUUCUUGCGUCUCCUCUUUCAUUCCAAAGUCACCUAUCUCCAGCAAGUCCAGCACUAUUAAGGCAACGCUGCCAUUCUCCUGGAAACCAAAUACUACGGCAAGUUUCUCCUGGUCAAAUCCCAGGAUUCAAGUCUCCAAGCAGCUUACCUGCUUCAGAAGAAAGGUCUGCGUUUCCUUCUUGGAGCAAUGAAUCACGUAGGUGCUCCCAAGGUGGUUCUUCUGAUGGCUGGUCUAUACCUGGCUUUUCUGAGCCAAUGGGUACUUCCCAUGGAGGAAGAUGGUCAUUUGACAGUGAGUCCUUUGGAUUUGAUGAUGAAAAGUUUGCUAGAACCAGUAGCCAGAUUUCAGCUUCGCUCACUGAUGUGCAUACAUGUUGUGUUUGCUCAAAGCUUUUAACUGAGAGGUCUUCCUGGAGCGCCCAAAAGAUAAUUGCAAGUAAUGAACUUUCCGUAGUUGCUGUUCUUGUCUGUGGACAUGUUUAUCAUGCUGAAUGCUUGGAGAGCUUGACGCCUGAAAUAAACAAGUACGAUCCAACUUGCCCAGUCUGCACCUGGGGUGAGAAACAAACUUUUAAGUUGUCUGAAAAAGCUCUGAAAGCUAGAAUGGAGUUUAAGGCUAGAAACAAGAGGUCCAUGAAUCGAGUUGUGGAUAGUGGCACUGAUGAUGAUUCAAUCGUGUUUGAUCACUUCAAGGGUGGUGGGAACCAACAUAAAGUUUCUCGGAUGCGCUUGAAUUCCAGUGGAAGAAACUCCUCUGGGAAACCCUUUCUGAGGCAUUUUUCAUUUGGUUCAAAGAGUCGCAAAGACUCGUCAGAUAAUCCCCUUACAAGAAAAAAGGGCUUCUUUUGGUCUAAAUCUAGCAAGUAAAACGAUGCCUCUUGGCUCUUCAGGAGCAGGCUACGGUGUUGAUCUUCUCCCCAACCCCAGACAAAAGAUUAUGAGGAGGGCUGGAUGUUAUUAAGUUUUGAUUUUGAGCUCCAAUCUGUGAUUACAACAGGAUCAGAGGCUGAAGUUACCUUCUAAAAGUUGAAAAGGUGCAGGAUUGGUUUAAUAUAGAAGGUUAUGGUGUUUUGAGACCAGGGUUCUUAUUUUGUACAGAUGGCCUAGUUUAUUGAAUGGAUAUUUAGUAUUCACACCCAAAUUAAAUUGGGAAUGCGCUGAUGAUAUAUAGAUGAUGCUUGCCGUUUGCCCUUGGCGAGCUUCUGGUGUGAGGCGAUGAUUUUUAGGCAAAAUAGCAAUUAUUUGUAUUGACAAGUUGCUCGCUUGUAAUGAACAGUUUUCAUUAACGCUUUGCCUGUA